CAUUAUAUGUUCAUUCUUCACAUCUCAGCAUAUUCUAAUCUAAAUUUCUUUGUUGUCACAGAAAAAUAGCAAAAAUACUGUGAUAAAGUGAUGUUGAAUGGAUAAGUCACUCAUUCUACUGUGUGGAAUAGAAAACAUGUGAUGUUAAUAAAACAUAUAUAUAUAUAUUUACGUUUGUAUAUGAGAAGAGUUUAUCUUGGAAAUUUGCUGCAUGAUAACCAUCAGCCCUCAUCACCAGUGUAGAGAGCCUUGGAAAAUAUGUGUAUAAAAAUUGCAGUUAAUAUAACACACUUGGAUGUAUCUGUUUAUGAAAUCUCUGCCCAGAAGUUAUAUUAAAACAGAGAGUUAGCCUACAUGUGUUAGCAAAGGAAAGUGAACGAAGUACACUGAAUAAUUGUGGUUGACUCACUUUAAAACAAGCAACAGGCUUCCUGUGUGUGGAUAAAGUGUUUCGUUCACAUCUUGUUCAUUACUCAUUCAAGAGUUAUAUUGAAGGAUUGUAAACAAGAUGGCUUCUACAAAUACAAGUGUUGGUGGAGUAGCACAGCCGGUAGGUACACGCGGGCCGGCACCACCACUUCCAGAAAAACCACCAUCUGUUGCUGAGAGAACAAGAUUGUUACGAUCAAGUUUUCGUAAAGAAGAGGUGGAGAAGCCUCGUAUGGACAUAAAUAGAUCGAGUCCGUUAUCUGAGUUAACAAGAUCGGCAGGAUCAUCAGUUUCAAGUUUAAAUUCUCACACUAAUGGAGAUCGUGAGGAGUCACCACCAAGUUUCGUGAAUGGUGUUUCACCAAAUACUGUGUUACCUAAACCAACUGUACAAGCAACAUUUGUGCCACCACCAGCACCAGCUCAAAGUACAGUACCAGUGAUGGAUAAUAAAGAAGCUGAAAAACAAGCAGCAGCUCUAAGUGCUGCUAAACGUGAAGCCUUCUUUAAAGGACAAGAGUUACCUGCCCCUACACCAAAAUUUGACCCUAAUGCUCGUUUCACAUCAGAUCGACCAGAUAGAAGUGAAAGAACAAGGGAACCAAUAGCUCGAGAACCAAUCAGAAACAUGGAACCAGAUAAAGAGAAAGAACGUGACAAGAAAUAUGGUGACAGUACAAAAGAGCUGGAUGGAUAUGUGGGAUUUGCUAAUUUACCAAAUCAAGUGUACAGAAAAAGUGUAAAAAGAGGAUUUGAUUUCACAUUGAUGGUUGUAGGUGAAUCUGGUUUGGGUAAAUCUACAUUGAUAAAUUCACUGUUUCUGACAGACCUUUACUCUGCCGAAUAUCCCGGACCAUCUAACAGAAUACAGAAAACAGUCAAGGUUGAUAAAACAAAUGUAACAUUAAAGGAGAAUGGUGUACAGUUGAGACUUACAGUGGUAGAUACACCAGGUUUUGGUGAUGCUGUUGAUAAUAGUAAUUGUUGGCAGCCUGUCAUAGAUUUUAUAGACAGUAAAUAUGAGGAAUAUUUAGGUAAUGAGUCGAAAGUUGUACGCACCACAACAGCAGACACUCGAGUACAUUGUUGUUUGUAUUUCAUCGCACCAACUGGUCACGGGUUAAAACCAUUAGAUGUAGAGUUCAUGAGAAGGUUACAUGAUAAAGUGAACAUUAUUCCAUUAAUAGCUAAAGCUGACACUCAGACACCUGAUGAAUGUAGGGAAUUUAAAAAGACUAUUUUAAAUGAAAUAGCACAACAUAAGAUCAAAAUUUAUGAAUUUCCUGAAUGUGAUGAUGAAGAAGAAAAUAAAAUACAGAAGAAAUUACGGGAUCGGGUACCUUUCGCAGUUGUAGGUAGUAACACAGUGACUGAAGUAGGUGGUAAACGUGUAAGAGGAAGACAAUAUCCAUGGGGUGUUGUAGAAGUAGAAAACCUCGAACAUAAUGAUUUCCUUGCUCUCAGGAACAUGCUUAUCAGGACACACAUGCAGGAUCUGAAAGAUGUAUCUAAUAAUGUACAUUACGAGAACUACAGAUACAAUAAACUAGCUCCAGCAAAUACUGAUGGCAAAAUUAAACCAGGAUCACUUACCAAAGAUCCACUAACACAGAUGGCAGAAGAGAAAAGAGAACAUGAUGCUAAGAUGAAGAAAAUGGAGGCAGAAAUGGAACAAGUUUUCGAGAUGAAAGUAAAAGAAAAGAAACAAAAACUCAAGGAUUCAGAAGCAGAUUUACAAAAACGACAAGAGCAAAUGAAGAAGAGUUUAGAGCAGCAACAGAAAGAGAUAGAUGAGAAAUGGAAGAUGUUUGAGAAGGAGAGACAAGCUUGGGAAGAAUCUACAGGAUAUAGUAACUCUCUAGAAAAUGUCAAAGAUGCCCAUAAGAAGACGAAGAAAGGACUAUUUUGAACACCAGGUGUAUGGUUGCUAUGGGAACAAACACAUUGCUACAACAGAGGGCUUCUACAGUUUCAGUGAUAAAAUACAUGUUCAAAAUGAACAAACUGCUUAUUACAGUCAUGUUUUAUAAUUUUUUGGAUGACAGUAUAUCAAUUUGUUUACACUACCCAGAAAUCAUUAUGUUCUGCUCAAUAAUAAUUGUUGUUUUCUGAUAUAAAUAGAAAAUUAUAAUUGAAAAUAUUGUUUAGAACCUAGUAGUCAGAAAAUUUCAGAUUCAUAGUUUUAGUGGUGUACAGCCCGAAUCUGUUUGUAAAUGCGAGACACUAAAUGUUGAUGUUCUGAGGACCAAUAUAAAACAAGUGCCAAAAUUCACCAAUGGUCACCUUUAUAUGUAUUGUCAAUGUGUUUAAAUCAUUUAUUAUUGUUCUGGCAGGAGAUAGAAUAUUACAGUUAGUUAUGUGUACUUGUUUUUAUGUUGUAGUAUAGCAAAUAGUGUCAUACAUACUGAACACAAGAAUGAACUUAAAUAAAUACAUACAAUUAAAUAACCAAAAUUAAUAAUCAAUUCCAUGAUUUAUUUUUUGUCCUUUGGAAAGGAACUGACAAAACAAAAAUGUUAGUUUUUUUUUCUUUUGUUUGAGUGCCACCUCCAUAUAUUUAUAUAGAGAAAUAUUCUUAUUGGCUUUUCUUGCCUUAAUUUUCUCAACAUAUAAUAUGUUUUUAAAUAUUACAGUAAUUAUAUAUAUAUAUAUAAAUAAUAAGUGUAUGAUACAGAUGUGAAAAAGAAACAAACACCUAUCAUAACUUGGAAUGUUCUCAGUUAUCUUGCAUGCACAUUGAAGAUUUAUAUUAUAUUUAUACUAUGAAACAGAAAAAAAUAAUUACUGAUUAUAUAGUCAAAAGAAAAUACGUUUUCUGGUUUUGAAUCAGUGAAUUUGUAUAAACUGUGGCAAGUAAAAGUAUCAAUAGCUUACAUCAAUUCUUUUAAAGUAAUAAUUAUUUUUGUCAAAUUUACUAGUUGGUUUUAAAAACAUAAUAUUUGUUGAUGUAAUAGAUAUCAGAAAAAAUGGCAGCAGUUAUUUUCACUAUUUUUCAUGGGGGAGGGUUAACAAAGAGAUGUACAUGUUGAGGUAACAAUGAAAGCUUGUAUAUUUUAUGCUGUAUAUGUUUUGUUUUAUAAUUUGUUAUGCUUGUGCAUUUAGUAAAGAGUGCUAAUAUAAGUUUUACUGCAUGUAACAUCUAAACUGUAUGAGGUCAUGUACACUCGUGUUUAUAUUUUACUUUGUUUUAUAAUCAUGUAGAAGACAGGGUACAUGUUUGAACUUCCAUCAAGUUUUUAUCUUCUAAAUUUUGAUUUUUAUUUUCUUAAGAGCGGACAAUUAUGCUGAUAAUUAAUUUAAAUUAAAGAAAACAAAGUUAAUUAUUUUUGUUCUGAAAUAGCAAUGUAAUACUAUUACAUAUAAGCUUGUUAAUGGAAAGAAAAUUAACUAAUUAUGUAACAUAGUAUUAUCUUUUGUAUAUAAACAAAACUGAUAUUUAUAUCAUUUCAUCCAUUAUUAACUUGUAUUCAUAUUUUAAUCAUUUUGUAUGUUCAUGUGAACUCCAUGCAAAUCAUGAGAUGAUUGCUGUAUUAUGUAUAACCCUCAUUUUAUCUUAAAGUAUAAAUGCAGUUAGUAGAGAAACAUAUAUUUUCAUUAUUUUGUUCUGGGAUUUAUAAACACUGGAGAUAUUGUCUAUCAUAUAUAUUAUAUAAGUGUCCAUAAAGUCAUGGUUUAUGUCCUUAAAUCAACCAAAAGUUCCCACCAGUCUUAAGUAUUCCCUUUCACAAAAUUUCAUGAUAGUCUUUUUAAUGCUAACAAAAAUUGCCUUUUAUUUGCUCUAUCCUGUAAUGAAUUUAAUGUAAUUAUUAUGUUUAUUUUCCCAGCAAAAAUUCCAAUAUGGCCAAAGUUGUCGAAAGAUCUGAAAUACAGACUUAAAUAACUAUAUAUUCUAAAUGUUUCAUGUACAAACACUUAACAUUAUAACUACAUUUUUUGAGUAUAGCAAUGUGCAAUAUUUAUAUAUAACCCCAAAUUUCAUAACCACAACUUCAUUAUUACUGCUUGUAUACAAGCCUAUGCUACACCAAUGUCUGCCUGAUGUACUGAUUUUAUUAUACUUGUAUUGAUGUUGUGUAGAUAUUGUGCUUUUCUGUAACACAUAUUUUAUCAACACAACAACGUUCAAUACAACAACGUUCAGUCAUAGAUUUGUUUAUGUAUGACAUUACAUUCAUUUACUGUAAACUUUUUAUACAUUUAAUAAAAGUGGAGAAAUAGACAAAA